AUGGUCGACUUCAUUUGUAGUUGUAGUGUUGUGCUAAGAGUUGCAAGACCCACUGGCGAUGCCGGCGAGACGUCAUGGGGUGUACCACUUCCACGAUCCGACUGGAAAUUAUCAUGCAUACAAUGGACUCUGGACUGGGUGCGUUCCUCUAGGUCCUACCAAUAUCACCAAGUUGCGAAAACAAGGUCAAUAAACUUCUAUACAACGGAAGGAGAUUGCAACCACACAAAAGGCCACCGUUUUGGUUCUGUCCGAGUGGUUCCUCGCCACCCUGGAACUGAUGGUUGGCGAUCUGAGUCAUCCAGAUCAAAGAGGUCCUUUCCACCUAUCUUUCCUUUAAAUGCCUCAUUAGGCCCAUACGCUCAUCGUCGUCUCGGCUACUUUCGUUGUCGACGGCGCUUUUUUUCGCGUUCCCUACUUCUUUCACAUCCCUGUACUCUCUCACCCCGGCCUCAGCGACGUCCUCGUGCAUCAGCCAGCAAUUUGGGCAAUCGAAAAUUUCGCAGAACGCCCAUUCUGUCUUCUGCACUGUCUGCUUGCACAGGAGCACCUAAUCCUGUUGACUUAUUUUCCGAUACUACGAACUCUACUUUUUCAGCAUCCAGUGAUCAGAGGCAUUCGAUUUCAAAAGCUUCUUUUUCAUUAUGUCCCUCCUCUUUUUCUGAAACUGCACCUUUUGCAUUACCCUCGGCUCAAGCGGACAGAAAACUCUCGUCACGUUCUCCGACUUCACCUGACUCUCCGUCUCACUUAUCUUCUUCCGCAGCUACAAUAUUCUCCGCACCAGCACUAGACUCAUCAGGCCCAAAUGACUUUACGGAGGCUGGAUUAAAACUUGAUCCUAAUUGCUUUGCGAUUCCGACAAAAAUUUUGGGUCCUGGUGCUCCCGGUGUCGCUACCACAGCGUCUACCUUAGGCGCUUCUGAUGGGCAGCCUUCAACUUCUUUAGUUUCUCGCUCUGCCAUACCCUCACGUCGCAUGCUGACAAGCCUUAUGGGGACUCGUUCACGGACUCGAAUUUGGCCUCGGUCACGCAUAUGGCCAUGGGCCAGACUUCGUCGCCUCCAAGUUUCCAGGCCGAUUUUGACUGACUCGGGCAUUACACCAUCCUCGUUGAUUACAUCUUCCCCUCAUUCUCCAGAGUAG